AUGCUGAACCCAGGUGUCGUGUACAUGGCUGCCUGCAGCCUCCUCUUCGCAGUUGCAGUCGUCGUCCACUUCCACGCCGACCACCUCUCGCUGCCCGUCUCGUCCGUCAUCACCAUCCUCGUCGUCGUCCUCCCCAUCGCCGCCUUCCUCAAUGCCUACAUCUAUCCGAACCUGCUCCGCUCCUCGCACAGCUUUGCCGCCCGCUCCGCCGCCUCGCGCCUCGCUCCCGUCAUUCUCCAGAGCGCCCAAGCCCUCGUGACCGCCGUCCUGGCUACCCUUUUGCUCGAGGCCGUCGUGCCUUCCCCCGCCCUCCAUUUCCUCCUCGAAUACGAGUGGGAUAAGCUGUACCGGGCCGAGGACUCCAACCACCUCAUGUACAUCCAGGACACGUACAACUGCUGUGGCCUCGACUCGGUGGACGACAGGGCGUACCCCUUUGUCCAUGCUCCCGGCGGCUCCUGUGCCGAGAUGCACGGGAGGACCACGCCGUGCAGGCGGCCUUGGAAAAUCGCCUUGCAGUUCUUUGCCGGGACCGACUUUGCCAUUGUGGUGAUUGUCGCGCUGAUGCAGAUUUUUGGCCUGUUGAUCAUGAAAGAACGGACGGCGUGGUGGACGGCUCUCCGGACCGAGGAUUGGAAACCCGCCGAAACGGACGACGAAAGCAACCGGCUGUGCACGGUGCCCGAAGAGUCGGAAGCAUCUUCGGACCACGUCGAUUCCUCCGCCAUAGGAUACGGAGCCAUUCCGCAGAGCGAAGCUCGGCCUUCAACUUCGACCACGUCCGCACCGAAAGCUCCUGCUUCAACUGAUCGGUAA